CUCUUUCAUCUGAUUCCUCAACAGGCUCUGAAGCUCAUCAAUAGGCCUGGGGCUGGAAUUCUAAUAAAACAAGAAAAAAAAAUGGAAGAAGGUGCUUUCAACAACCCUCUAGAAGAACUGGAGCAGAUAGUGUCAGAGGAGCCAAGCACUAGUAAUAGGAGGGAAAGAACAUUAGAGGAAUACCGAACCUUGGGUGGUCCCCUCCUUCACGCCGCCGUAAAAGGUGAUUGGCCGGCUGCUAAGGCUUUUCUUGAGAAAUACCCAGACUGCGCUCGAGCUCCCAUAACAAAGCAGCAAGGGACAGCACUCAACAAUGCAGUGGUUGCACAACGCACAACUUUUACCAAAGAAUUGUUGAAAUGGAUGACUCAAAAGGACAUGGAAAUAAGAAACAUAAAAGGAGCUACGGCGCUUCACUAUGCUGCUCAAUCAGGAAUUGUCGAAAUUGCUGAGCAGCUGGUAAAAGUCAACAGUAAACCCCUAUUGAUCCAUGAUUACGAGGAAAACAUACCACUCCACAUUGCAGCUUGUCAAGGAAAUACAAAUAUGGUCUCAUAUUUAUUCUCUAUGACUCCUUUUGAACAUUUGACUGCUAAUGAUCGCAUUCGGCUCCUUCUUGAUACUAUUUACAAUGAUAUGUAUGAUAUAGCGUUGAAGAUUCUAGCAAUGGAUCCAGAAAUAUCAACUGCAGACAAUGCAUGUGGGUGGAAAGCUUUGGAAAUGUUGGCUAGGAAACCUUUUGCAAUUUGCAGAGAAAGUCAACUAUCAUUCUGGAAAAGUCGCUUAAAUUCCUGUUUGUUUGCCUACAACCCAAACUUCCUUAAUUGCAGAGAUAUAUUCGACAUUUCCUAAGUAGUUCUUUUAUUACAUUAUUCUACACCUUGAUGACAAUUUCACUCAAAUUACCAUGGCAUGGGAAAAUGCUCUUAUUUGAUUUCAUCAAAUCUUUACAUGAUAUCUACUUCUAAACUAUUGAAAAUUCUAUGAGAAAAGUUAUUUUCUAUUAGAAAUAUCUCAAUCUAUUGUAAGGUUUCUUUUA